UUUGUUCGUUUCUUUUAGUCAUAAUGUUGGUAUAAUUAUUUAGAUCAUUAAAAUGUUUACUUUUUUAAUUUGAGCAACUUUGGAGUACAAAUUCAUUUUUAAAACCAUGAUUCAUUUUUCUUAGCCAAAAUUAUUAUUUUUUCAUCUUGUAGACAAGUGUGAACCCAAGCAUGAGAACCGAGUGUCUAAACUUUUGACUUUUUCAAUCUUAAUUUCCUUGUUUUCAAUAACCGGAAUAUAUAUUUAUUUGUAAAAAGAGCUUCCAACAUGUGUUUUGAGUAUUUUUAAUCGAUCCACAGUGACGUUUUCGCUCUGUAUGUUCUUGUUUUAAUGUUUUUAAACUUCAUUGAUGUAUAGAUAUUAUAUAGGUGAAUUAAUUAAUAUAAAAAUGAUACUGAGAUGAUGAAUUAAAUAUUGUGUAUUGGUAUCUGCUUUUAGGUGGAAACUCUAUAUGUAUAUUAAAAACAUGAUUUACAGACCUUUGUUUAAAUGGAGACUGCAGUUGGAAGAUUCAUGUUUCAGAAAAGACAUGAGAAAAUAGAUUGGCGGAAACUAGCAUCUGUAGAUGUGGAUCGUAUUGCACAAGAAGUUGACGUAGACGCAAUACAAAACAAUAUUUUAAAUGUUACAUAUUGUGCUAUAGAACAUGAACUGGGAUACCAUGGAUUAGACAUUAACUUUAUAAAACUAUUUCGGUUGGCUCAAUUAACGAUAGAAUAUCUGUUGCACUGUCAAGAAUAUUUGCAACAAUGUUUGGAAGAGAGAGACAAUAAAGUUUUAGAAACCAAUAAUGAAUUUCAACAACUUUCCACUGAGAAGGAGAAAGUUGUUGGAGAGCUUAAAAAGCGCAAUGAAGCAUACAAGACACUAAAAAAGGAACUACAAAAAUAUAAAAAGCUAAUUGGUGACUAUCAACUCAUGGUGAGAGCAGGUGCAAGUGGCCUGUAUAAGUGCACAUGUUGCAGCAAAAGUUUCGUAUCAGAGUUUUACCUGAGAAGUCACAUAGAGCGAAGACAUCCGGAAGAAGCAAGACGUCUUCAGCCAUUACAAGUGCAUUAUCAAUCCACUGUAAAUCAAAGUUUUAAAGAUGUUGAACUUCAAAAUGAAUUAAACGAGAUUCGAAGUAGGCUUAAAAUUACAGAAGAUGAGUUGAUAAAAGAAAGAGAAAACAUGAGUGUUCUUAGAAUAAAGGAAAACGAAAGAAACCAAGAACUUCUCCAUAAGUUCAAAAGUGAACAUGACACAUGGCAGCUCAAUGAGCAAAAGCGAAUGAAGAAUGAAUUGGAUGCUUAUAAAGAAAUGAUGAUGAGUGAACUGAGACAGAGUCAAUUAGAGAAAGAUUUUUUAAAAAAGAACUUGACAGAGCUUCAGCAAAGCACUGGUAAACAAAUGUCAAACUUGGGAGACUUAAUGGAUGCAGAUACUGAUCAUCGAUAUAUAAAUCUUAACAAGAAGAUCGAGCAAAUGGGAAAUGAUUUCCAACAAAAAAUAAACGAAAUUAAUGCAAAGCAUGCUAAAGAUAAGAUCAUACAAAGUAAACUUCAUGAAAAAGAAUUAGCAAAGGAAAAGAGUCGUUCUUCUAGAGCCGAAAAGGAUCGAAUUAAAGACCAACAAAUAUACGAAGAACAGAUCCAGAAUCUCCAACAGAAAUUAGCAAAGCAUGAUAAGCUUUUAGAAUCUAAGAUUGGUUUGGAUAAUGUUGAUAGUAAACGUCAAAGUAUCACUGCUUUAACACCACCUUUACCUCCUCCAAGAGAAUCAACAUCCAGUCCAGCUCCUGUUGUAGGAGAUUUACCUGAGAAAGAGAGCAUUUGUUUAUGGGUUUCUAAUAACCAGUCUUUCCAAAAAAGUCAUCGUGUAUUCCGGACACCUGCAUCUACCAAAGGGGAUUGGAAGGACUCUUUUUCAUUUCACGCCUUGUUGGAACCGGUUGGGGAAUUUCAAAAAGCGAUUUACGUGUACUCAUGUGGUGGUUCUCCAUACUGGCGACAAUAUGUAUCAGAAUCUAAUCAACCGCCUCAUUCAAGCUACAAGCACGAUUUGACGUUUUAUGUGACUUCCACAAAACUGCUUGGCACAAUGAAACUACACGUUCUUGAUGCUGGGAGUGGCAGUGUUGUACGAUCGAUGAUAUGCAAAGAAGAUGCAGCAGAAGAAUGGAAAAACAAAGGCUUGACUUUUUAUGCUAUGAAAGCAGGACCUAAUAAAACAUCUAUUACUAAAUCAGGAACAUUUAACUCAGAUGUAUUCGAAAGUGUUUCGGACGAUGACGUAUCUGUGUCUAGUUUUACGGGAACCGACGUGAUCAAGCAAGACUUAGCAGAAGACCUUAAACGAAGUCGCGAAAAUCUUGUUGAUGCUGGCGAGGAUAAGGAAGAAGUAAGAGGAAAAGAAGAAUUAUUUGAUAAUGAAGAAGAAGAGUUUGAAAAAGAAAUUGUGAAUGAAGAGAAUAAAAUAAAUGAAAAUUUCACUGGUACAUCAUCUGGGUCACUGCUGAUGUCAACAUUACCUGAAAAAGGAGAGUUCUAUCCAUUCCCUUCCAAUCAGUUAGCAGUAGCACACUACAACCAUAGCAAGGAUAUGGUCAUGGCGCAACGCAGAGAAAUAGCAGACAUACUAGAAGAUCACUUAGAAAAGCGAGGGGUUGACCCGGAAGAGCAGCAAAUGCCAACAUCAGUGUACAAAUCGAAAAUGAAAAACCACUCUAAAGAAGAGCAACUCACUGAAAAAACAUAUCCAGGCUUUCGUAAACGAAGACAUAAAAUUAUUGAAGAGUUAGAUGAGUACGUAGACAAAACGUUUAAAAGAAAGAAGAGCGCGAAAAGGAAUCUGAACUCUGUUGCUGGUGUUGCGAAGUCUGUGGUGAAAUUUCAAGGGAAGGAGAACAGACGACCUUUGCCAACAAUAAAUCGAGAAAGCACGCCUAAAAAAGAAACGCAUAUACAAAUUAACAAUAUAGUCAAUUCGAAAGAUCAUGCAAUUCACGGAAAUAAUGAUGAUGGUGAUGGUGACGGCGAUGAUGAUGAUGAGUUUGAUGUCAGCGAGUCGUCAGAAUGGGAUUCUGGAGAUGAAGAAGAUCAAGGGCUGCAUAUGAAAGUUCCAGCUGUGGCUAUUUCACAACCAUCACCUGAAAUCUCAUAUGACGAUGAACAGUAUGAUCAGGAGGAACCAUACAGACCUAAAAUGCGACCACCACAAGGAGAGAAGGUUAAGAAUUUAGCUGCCAGUUUAGAAGCAAGCCUUUCUCUUCGUGAUCCAAGUAAAAAGAAACUGGCUGGAGCUGUUGACUUAUAUCACCCAACGGAAGAUAAUGCUAAACCUAAACGCUCUGUUUCUUUUCAACAUGUUAAUGACGAUGAUGUUGAAGAGGAAGACAGUGACUUUUCAACGACUUCAUUCGAACAAGCAAGAACACGUGCUCCACACACUUCAACCAAAAACAAUGAUUUUUCUGACGAAGAUGACGAUAUAGAAACAUUGUUAGCCGCAUACGAACCAUCAGGUACAACUUCAACUAAACCAACUGCGUCAUCGACUCCUCAUUCAAGUGCUCCAACAAGCAAAACUGCUGUAACCGCCUUCAAUUUGGAAGAUUUUGAUGACGAUGACAGUUUUUAGUAUUAUUUGACUGUUUUUAAAAACAUUUCUAUCAACGAUUUGUAAAACUUUCAUUAUUUAAAAGUUAUAAGUUUCCUUAUGAAUUCGAAUUUCUUGUAAAUGUUUGGUUGAUUUAGCAACGAUUCCAUAAUUUUUUAAACUUGAUAUGUGUGGGUUUCGCAAUCUCGAGUACAAUUCUAGCACAACGUGUCAUCUCCAUUAUUAUUGUGUAAUAAUAGCAUUAUAGAAACGCAACGGAAAGCAUGCCUCUACUAUACUUUAAAGUGAUUUAACGAAGUAAUUAAGGAGUCGUUUAUGUGUAACUCAACGAUUUGCUACAAGUAUACGAGUUCUCUCAUACAAAUAUUUACCCACUUAAUUGAGUUACUUAGUUUCAUCUCCUAGGUUUGAUCUUCUGGUGCAUUGGGUUUUCAAAAAAUAUUACGAAUACUGAUGUUCUAGUUUAUACUGGUGUCUGUGUCUGGUUAAUGCAUCUGUUUCUCGGGUGUAUAAGUUUAUAUAUAUUUUUACUGUAUAGAUGAUUUUUAAACCUAUUUAAGUUAUACAACUAGGGAAGAUAAUAAAUUUAAAUAUAUUAAUACAGACAAUAA